AUGGGCGGUAAUUCUAGCAAAAUAGAGAAACAGGAAUAUCUAGACGUCCAGUCAGUCGUAAGCUCCUAUGAGGAGGAUUGUGGACGCGACCCAUUUCUUCAGCAAUUCAAUUCGAGGCUCCAACAAGACACCAAUGAAUUCAUCAAUACAGUCAAGGGUCGGUCACUCUGUAUGGACUCGAUAGGAAAGUUCUCAGACUACCUCUACAAAACCGAUCAAGAAGCGGCCAAUUUUAUUCUCAAAACCAAUAGCGACAUAUUGAAGAAUGCAGAGCUGUACGAUUAUGUGAAGGACUACUUCGAUAACAGUCAAAGGACUUUGAAACUAUGUAAUGCUCUCGAGGCUUGCCUCCGUCGUACCAGAGACAGCCAAUUGAAGAUUGUAGUCGCUAUAGAGAAAUUUGAGGAAGAAGAGAAGAAAUUAUCAGGGUUGGAUGGGAAGGAGGAAAACGCUUCCAAGACGGCCGACUUAUUGAAGGCUUUCAAAACUGCUGGUGACCCAUAUACAGAAGAGUUCUUCACGUUGUUUGACUCUGUUCAGAAAGAGCAAAAGACAGCGUUAAUGAAAUUGGAAACUAAGAAGAGUCAGCUUGAUAAAAAGUUGAUGAAAGCCAGUGAUGGGAGGACUCUAACGAAUGUAAUUUUUGGUGUGACCUAUGCUUCUUUUCUGGUAUGUUGUGUUCUGGUGAUGAGAAUUGUUGCACCGCCUUUAGCGAAGAAGUUAGCUCCUAAAGCUGAGGAAAAGUGGGAGACCGUUCAUAACUGGAUCAAGUAUGAUGAGCUGAAAGCACAGAUGGAUUUAAUAAGUUCAUUGACGGGUUACACUCAGACAGGAAUCUGGCAGCUGGACACCAUUCGAGUACAAGUGGACAGUUUGAAAACUGAGAUUCAGUCACUGUUGACUAAUACUGAUACAGCUCUUGGUGAUGGUGAGAAGGUUGUGAAGCUGGCUAUGGUUAAGAUCAAGGAGGACCUGAUCAAUUUUUUGAAAAAAAUUGACGAAUUGAAUAAGAGUACUGAGAAGCUCAAGAGUGUUACAAUGAAGAAGAGGAAUCAGAUCACAGAGAAGAUUGAUGCAUUGCCAGGGCAAGUGAAGAAAUAACACCGGUACCUUGGUAUGUAUGCCUUACUGUACUUAUGAGCAUUGUGAUAUGGUCCAAUUUACUUAAUAUUUACCGUUUAUCAAGAUUAAUUUAUAGGUUUACCAUUCCCUUAAAAUCCAAAAAAAAAAAAAAUAAAUAAAUAAAUAAAAUAAUUUAUAGGAUGAGUUUUAUUGGUGUAAUUUAUAGGAUGAGUUUUAUUGUGAGCCAGGAGGCCUAGUGGCCGGAUGUAGAUUCUUGCCUUACAAUUUUACAUUAACAUAACAUUGAAAUGCUAAUAUGAAAAAGCUAAUAUGGCGAGGGAUGUUCAUUCAAGCAUGGGCUAGGGGGGCACAUAAUGCUAGCCCAUUACUAUUUUCUACUUUUUAUACACAUGGUUUUAUUAAAUUAUAAAAAAAAAAUGCACUCCUAAAUUUUUUUAUUUUUUUUUUUCCUAGUUGGUACUCAUACACAUUUGUCUCUUCUGAGACUUGAACCCCUAACUUCCCUUUGGAAAGUAAAAGAUUGAUACCACUAGGCCACUGGCCCAUUGGUUAAAUUUUUUUAUUUCAAGGCUACCCCUGUGAGUCAUGCUAGCAUAUUAAUUUAAUUUUAUUUAUUUUAUUAUUAUUAUUAUUAUUAUUAUUAUUAUUAUUUUACAUUUUAUGCCUGUAGUUUAUUAAUGCUAAUUUACGGUGAACCAUGGGUCAUGUCUCCCCACCUCAUUUAUCAUGCUGAUUUACUAAUUUACCCUAUAUAUUAGUAUUAGAAACCUUAAGGCUUCAUUUGGAUUGAGUGAUUUGAAAAGAAAAAGAAAAGAAAGGGUAGUGGAAAUGGUGUUUGGAUAUCUUUAAGUGGAGACAAAAGAAAUGAUUGAAAGGGAUUUGGAGAGAGAGAGCUAUAUAUCCCUUUGAA